AUGAGGGUGCCCCUGUGGUUGUUGCCUCUGCAGAUAUUCGGAAUCCCUAGAGCCUGGGCAGUUGACUCGUUGCAGUUGCAAUCACAAUCACCCCAGUCGCCGCAAAUCACGUUGGACUUGGAGCCGGACGACGUCUCCUGCCCGGACUACACCUCUUAUGCCUCGCGACGCCAUGAUCCGCCGUCGACGGGCGCGUAUCGGCUGCCGUACCAGCGCCCAGUCCCGCCAUGUCGCACCUUCAACCUCUCCGAGGUCGAGGAGACGAUUGCUGCUAUGGAGAAGGUCGUGAAAGACCCAGACCUGUUUCGGCUGUUUGAGAACUGCUUCCCAAAUACGCUCGAUACCGCCAUUACCUGGAAGGGCAGGGCCACCGUCGAGGCUGCAGACCUUGAGCUAGGAAUUACUAGCAAUGGCACGGGUGAAGAGCUCACUUUCAUCACCACCGGCGACAUCAACGCCAUGUGGCUCCGGGACAGCGCCAACCAGCUCCAGAGCUACAAGUCGCUGCUCAGGGCCAACGGCUCGUCGUCGUCCCUGGCCUCGCUGUUCCGCGGCACCAUCAACCUGCAGGCGCGGUACAUCCAAGCGUCGCCGCACUGCAAUGCCUUCCAGGCGCCUGCCGAGGCGAACCUCACGGGAGCCUUCGGCCUCGGCUCCGGCGCUGACUACGUGUGGCCGACGCCCGACGCGACGGCCGUCUUCGAGUGCAAGUACGAGCUCGACUCGCUGGCCGCGUUUUUGCAGCUCAGCCACGAGUACUACGUCAGCACGGGGGACGCGGCCUUUUUCGCGGGAGCGGGGGCAGGGGCCGAGGCCGAGGCCGAGGACAUGGUCGGCGGGUGGAGCGACGGCGGGUGGAGCGACGCGCUCGACGCCGUGCUCAACACCACGGCCGAGCUGCUAGCCGGCACGUACGGCGACGACGGGUCGGUGGCGGCGUCGCCGUACACGUUCCAGCGCUCGACGUCGACGGCCACCGAGACGCUGUGCAACGGCGGCGUCGGCGCGCCCGUGCGCGGCGGCACCGGCCUCGUGCGCAGCGCCUUCCGCCCCAGCGACGACGCCUGCACCUACCAGCUCUUCAUCCCCGGCAACAUGAUGCUGUCGCGCUACCUGACGCUGUGCGCCGACAUUGUCGACACGCUGGGCGAGACGGAGAAGGCGGGCAUGAUGCGCGUGUUUGCCGACAGCAUCCGCGCCGGCAUCGAAAAGUACGGCAGGGUGAACCACCGCCUGUUUGGCAAGAUCUACGCGUACGAAGUGGAUGGCUACGGCAGCUACAAUGUCAUGCCCCGUGCCUACGACGACGCCAAUAUCCCCAGCCUCCUGAGCGCUCCCAUGUUCGGCUACGUCAGCCGCCACGACCCGGUCUACCAAAACACGCGGCGCUUCAUUCUCAGCAAGGAGAACCCCUAUUUCAUGUUUGGGCCCGUGAUCAACUCCACGGGCGGCCCGCACGCCGGGCCCGGCAUGGCGUGGCCCAUGAGCCUGAUCGUGCGGAUACUGACGAGCGACGACGACGAUGAGAUCGUCGACUCGCUGAGGCAGAUCCUCUCGUCGACGGACGGGCUAGGCCUCAUCCACGAGUCGAUCAACACGCAGUCUGAGUCGGUGUGGACGAGACAGUGGUUCUCGUGGGCCAACGGCCUGUUCGGGCAGAUGAUGCUCGACCUGCGGCAAAGAAAACCGCACCUGCUGGCGCUCAGCUACCAGCCGACAAAUCACAAGAAAGAGACGCUAGUCUCAAAUCACGAGGACGAGACGCCAGUCUCAGGGACCGCCAGUCUAUUCGAUAAUAAUGGUAAUAUUAGUGAUAGUAGUUAA